AAAAAGUAAAAAUAUGUUCAGGGUGCAUUAUUUUGAAAAUUCUCCCCCGGAAGUUGAGCCUCCCCUCCUCCCCGCUCUGUGUUGACACCGGCCAUUCAACAGAUCUCAGAGCAGUCUGAGCUGCCGUGUUCUCUGCUUCACGCUCCUCUGGUUCCCGUUUCCGCUGCAACCCUUUCCCCCCGCAUUUAUCUGGAGCAACCGCCCCCGGCAGAGCCUCCGCAGCCCCGCUCGGAUGCCGCUGGAAGCCGGUGCGUCACGUCGACAAGGAUGCAGCUUGAAUAGAAGAAAACCUGCGGGGCUGGAGGGACACCGUGGACGGCUGGUCUUUACGAAGCCGGGUGGAGGGACAAGGCAUCAAUCAAAAUACUGUCUUUGGAGUGUGCUAGCAAUGCUUUAGCACACAGGAAAGGCUGGCUGAUCACUAGAGAACCCCUCCUUGCUUUUUUUUAUAAAGUCACCUGAGCGAUAAACGCUGACCUUUACGAUCCUUGCGAAGAUGCCAGCGCCGAGGUCAGUGCUGUGGCAUUUUUGGUGACGGGGGACAAAGCGUGCGGGCGCGUUCAGGCAAGGCCGCAGGAUUGGUGGGUGGACAGACACGCCACAAGGCAGUUUUGGUGGGUGUGGUUGAAGCAUGCGGCCCUGGGCAGGUUCAUGGCGUUGGAUUACCCUGGUGCUGUUGGCCUGGGGCACACUCCUCUUCUACAUCGGCGGCCACUUGGUGAGGGACAGCGAGCACCCAGAGCGGUCCAGCAGGGAGCUCUCCAAGAUCCUGGCCAAGUUGGAGCGACUGAAGCAGCAAAAUGAAGAUCUGCGGCGCAUGGCCGAGUCUCUCAGGAUACCAGAGGGUCAGGCAGAAGCUGGGUCCCUGGCAGCCGGAAGGCUGCGCUCCCUGGAGGACCAGCUCACCAGAGCCAAACAACAGAUCCACAGCUUCCAGAAACUCACCGGAGACGGCCCCGGGCCGACUCAGGAGGAGCUGCGGAGGAAGGUGGAGAACGGUGUUAAAGAGUUCUGGUACUUUGUGCGCAGCGAGGUGAAGAAGUUGUCCAGCGUUGAGCCCAGCGAGAGGCAGAAAUAUGCUGACGCCCUCCUGCAGGACCUGGGACACCAGGAGAGGUCCAUCAUGACAGACUUGUACUACCUCAGCCAGGCAGACGGAGUCGGCGAAUGGAGAACGAAGGAAGCUAAAGACCUGUCGGAUCUGGUCCAGAACCGAAUCACUUACCUACAGAACCCUCCAGACUGCAGCAAGGCCAGGAAGCUGGUGUGUAACAUCAAUAAGGGCUGCGGUUACGGAUGCCAGCUCCACCACGUCGUCUACUGCUUCAUGAUCGCGUACGGCACGCAGCGCACGCUCAUCCUGGAGUCCCACAACUGGCGCUACGCCCCCGGCGGCUGGGAGACCGUCUUCCUGCCCGUCAGUAACACGUGCAACGACCGGUCCGGGGCUUCCACGGGACACUGGUCAGGGGAGGCUCACGAUAAGGACGUUCAAGUUGUGGAGUUGCCGAUUGUCGACAGCCUCCACCCUCGACCCCCUUACCUACCGCUGGCGGUCCCCGAGGACUUGGCGCCGCGUCUGCAGCGUCUGCACGGCGACCCGUCUGUUUGGUGGGUGUCCCAGUUUGUGAAGUACCUGGUGCGCCCCCAGGCGUGGCUAGAGAAGGAGAUCCAGCAGACCACCGACAAACUGGGCUUCAAACAUCCCAUCAUUGGAGUCCAUGUCAGGAGGACAGAUAAAGUGGGGACUGAGGCGGCCUUCCAUCCCAUAGAGGAGUACAUGCUGCACGUGGAGGAGCAGUUCCAGCUGCUCGCCCGACGUGUCCACGUUGACAAGAAACGUGUUUACCUGGCCACCGACGAUCCCUCCCUGCUGCAGGAAGCUAAAACCAAGUACCCGGACUAUGAGUUCAUCAGCGAUAACUCCAUCUCGUGGUCGGCCGGCCUUCACAACCGUUACACGGAGAAUUCACUGAGAGGAGUCAUCCUGGACAUCCACUUCCUGUCUCAAACCGACUUCCUGGUCUGCACCUUCUCCUCACAGGUGUGCCGUGUGGCCUACGAGAUCAUGCAGACGCUGCAUCCAGACGCCUCCUCCUUCUUCUACUCCCUGGACGACAUCUACUACUUCGGAGGUCAGAACGCCCACAAUCAGAUCGCCAUCUACCCACACCAGCCGCGCAACGGCGAGGACAUCCCCCUGGAGCCGGGCGACGUCAUCGGCGUGGCCGGCAACCACUGGGACGGAUACUCCAAAGGCAUCAACCGCAAACUGGGUCGCACCGGCCUCUACCCCUCCUACAAGGUCAGGGAGAAAAUCGAGACCGUGAAGUACCCGCUGUACCCCGAGGCCGACAAACUGCUCAGUUCUCAAAACAAGUAAAGGAGGACGACGAGGAAAAAAAAAGAAGCAGCGGCAGCAAAUGGAAAACCACGGAGUCUCCGGUUGCAGGAGAAGGAGGCUGCUUUUGUACAGAAGAGAGAGGUGCAGUCACUGCGCUGAGCUGAGAGAAGAGAACGCCUGGAGGUGAUAGGAACAAGAAUGCACUCUGUGUGUGUGUGUGUGUGUGAGCGAACAUGUGUGUGCGCACUUGUGUAACAUACGUCAGGUCAUGGAAGACUUGCACCCUCCCCCCGCCCGACGUCGUCACGUCGGGUCUGUAGAGAAGUAGACACGAAGGUGGUGAUUUUUUUAAAAUAAAAGCGGAAGAAAAAAAAAACAUUUCAAAUAAAGGACUGAGCUCUCCUCGAGACCAUACUGGGACUACUGUAAGACUGGUGCACCCCCCUCCCUCCCCCCAGUACGAGCGUCGAAUCAAUGACUGAAGAUUUAAAAAAGAAAAACAGCCCAAACUGGCACAAAGUGGUUUGAUUUUAAUCUCGCCUUUUUCCUUUUUUCUCGUUAUUUUAUUUUUUUAUUCUUUAUUUACUGAAUGUACUUGUCCUCUGGCCGCGCUCCGCUGUUUCCUUCUCCUCUUCCUGCUCCAUGUUUCACUCCCAGCUCGUCUCCUCGUGCAAUUAAGUUUACAGAAUCACGUUGUGCUUUUAUCAAGUGUUUUUAACCAUCUUUGUUUUGUCUGUAUGGGGCUUGUGCAUUGUAUACUGUACGGUUUGUGUGUGUGUGUGAAAGAGAGAGCACGUGUGUGAUGAAGUCUUAAAGGCAGCGUCAUGACAAGGUGUUUGGUUUUUUUGGUGAGUUGUGUGUUUUUUGUUUGUUUGUCUGGUUUUCCCACCUGACUGAGCAGUGUUUGUCGACAGCAGAGCGGUGGUGAAGGUGGGAGUGGGAACUGUUUUCAUCCCUCAGCACUUGGAGCAAAAUCAACUCCAGUCACUUCACUGGUGACCAUUAGUGAACAAUGCUAUUUGGGUUAUGGUGAAGUGGUGCACACUGACACGGGGGGGGUGGGGCCGUCCCCCGAGGCUCGGCAAAUCAAGCACUCCAGUAAAGACAUAAUGUCCUUUUUUGACUUUUAUUAUUUGCUGUCUCCUCUGUCCGUCAUCAUUUCUUAAUUAUAUUUUUAUUUGCUGUUUUAAAACUAUGAGGAGAACAUUGUGUUUUUAAAAAAAAACAGGAAAAAAAACAUCUCAAACUCAUCAAGGCUUCUUUUUCAUAACUUAUGUUCAUUUGGGCAUUGUCUUUGAUAACCACAGAUCAAAUAAAGCUGACAAAUCAACAUGUGA